UUCAUCUCGUGGGUGGAGCGUGCGAAGGGAGAGGGGGUCAGUCAAGGUCAGCAUAGAAAGACUCCCUCUCAGUUCCGACGAGGCGGCGACUCUGCAUUCCCACCCACCUAACUUCUCUCUCUUUCUCUCUCUAGGGUUUCGCCAUUUAUCCCUAAUUAAGCUAAUUUCAAUUUCAUUUUUAAGGCUGUGUUUGAAAGUGUGUUCAAUGGGUACUCCGGAAUUCCCAGAUCUGGGAAAGCACUGUGCUGUCUCGGAUUGCAAGCUCAUCGAUUUCUUGCCCUUCACCUGCGAUUGCUGCGACCAGGUGUAUUGUUUGGACCACAGAAGUUAUAAUAAACAUCAGUGUACAAAAGCUGACAAGCAAGAUGUCACAGUAGUUAUAUGUCCACUUUGUGCCAAAGGAGUUCGCCUAGUUCCUGAUCAAGAUCCAAACAUAACUUGGGAGAAUCAUGUCAACACCGAGUGCGACCCAUCGAAUUAUGAGAAAGUCACAAAGAAGAAAAAAUGCCCUGUCCCUGGGUGCAGAGUGAUAUUAGUAUUCUCAAACACAAUUAAGUGCAGGGACUGCACAGUAGAGCAUUGUUUAAAGCAUCGGUUUGGACCUGAUCAUAAAUGUCCUGGUCCCACAAAGGUGGAAUCAAGUUUUUCAUUCAUGAAUCUUUUGAAUGGGAGUAAAAAGCAGGAGUCCAAACCCAAGUCAAGUGCAACCUCAUGGAGUACAAGCUUUCUUAAUGCGGCUUCUAACGUUCGAGCUUCGGCUGAGGCUGGUGUGUCAAAGUUAAGUUCCUGGCAGACAGCAAGGGGUGGGGUUGGACAGAGCCAUAGCAGUGGUCAAGUGGAGCAAUGCCCUCAGUGUGGUGCUAAGUUUUCCUCAGUUACUACUUUGGUUGACCAUGUGCAAAAAGUUCAUGAAAGGAGUCGCAACCGAUCUGGAGCAAAGGUUACAAUUGAUGUUUGUCCAAAGUGUAGUAGAGGAUUUCGAGAUCCGGUGGCCCUAGUGGAACAUGUUGAGAGGGAUCACGGUGGAAGUUCUAGAUCAUAGGUACGAGUUGCUAUUGUUAUUGAAUGAAUUUUAACUUGAAGAAAUUGCAUAUUUUUGCUAUAAAUAGUCUGGAGGAAUAUAGUGUUUAUAAACAUGAAUUUAAUUGGAAUACAUCGAGAGUGUAAACAUUGUCAUUCAAUCAUGUGGUAAAAAUUGUAAAUUGUUGACUUUUCUUGUAAUUACUUUAAAAGUCAUAUUUAAGGUGAUUUCUAAAAUCUAA